AUGGCCGGUCCAUUGGAGGAGACGGCAGAUGUGUUGGCCCCAGCUGCUGGUGAUGAUGCCACCGCCGCUGCCGUUGCCGCCGCGGGCGUAAAGCGACCCCUGGACAUUGACAGCCUCCAGCGCAAGAAGUUCAAAACCGAUGAAUUGCCCUUGACCGCUGCGCAACACGCCGCGAUCGAGCAUCUUUUACAUGCAUUCAAGAAGAGAGGUGGCUUCGACAAUGUGCGCAAGAAGAUAUGGGCGGAGUUUGAGGAAGGGGAAGGCAAAGCGGAAUUUACGAACCUCCUCGCCGAACUUGCGGAAGCGGAGAUCGAUCGCGAACCUGGACUGUUGUCGCGGGAGCGCGGAAAGGCCGCGACUCUUAUCGAGGGCGCCGUCGAUCGGAGCGACGUCUACAAGACGGUAGAGAAGUCGCUGGAUGCGCUUGCUUCGAAUCAUCUACAGACAAUUCUGGAUUCCGUGCGGGAGAUCCGCCGCGAUGAAGUCGGCGUGGAGGCCGCUGCCGAGGAAGAGAAGGCAGGUAACAAGACUGACGAGGACUAUGCGAAAUACAUACAGCUUAAGCGCGAUGAGCGCGAGAGAGCUUACCAGGAAGCAUUGCGGAAGGAGAAGGAAGCUGAGGAGGAGGAAGCGCGCAAGAAGGCGGAAGAGGACCGCAAGCGACGCGAGCUCGAACGCCAGAAGGAGGAAGAGGAACGGGCCAGACGCAGGGAGCGCGAGGAGCAACGCCGGGAAGAGCAGCGCAAGCUGGACGAGCAACGAGAGAAGGAGCGCCAGGAACGAUACGAACGCCGCCGUCGGGAAGAGCGCGAGAGAUUCCGCGAUUGGCGGGAUCGCAGUCGAACCAGAGACCGGGACUCAGACCGCGACCGAGACCGAGAUCGUUUUCGCUUGCGUGAUCGCUCCCCCGGCUACCGCUCCGAACGAGGCCAUUCUCCCCGCCAUCGCGAGACUCGGAAAGAGAAAUCGCCGACACCCAAAGAACCCACACCGGCCCCUGUGCCGCCUCCAGCCCCUGUUGACGAGAAGUCUCUGGAAGAGGCUGCGCUACAAAUGCUGUUGAAGGAGGGAGAGGAGCUCGCUGCGAAAGCCCGACAGAAGCCCGAGUUCGAUUUCGAGGAAGCCGAAGCGAUUGAAAACGGACUCAAACCACCACCAAAGGGUCCCAAAGCACCCGAGUCAAGAUACUCAAAUACGCCCACGCGCGCGGGCAGUAUCCCUACCGAAGGGGAAGCGGCGAAGCGGCGCGGCUCAGUGGAUGACCGCGUACGGCCACGACGACGUGAUGAGAGCCGCAGCCGCUCGAGAAAGAGGGGAAUUCCGCCCCGGGUCGAAGAUGACCGCCGGAACCCGUCGCAGGAUGUGUCGAGUAUGUCUCGCGGGCGCGACUCCGAUGACCGAGCGCCUCCUCGAGACUAUCGUGAAAAUCGGUACGGUGACCGUAGCUACCGGCCCAGUCGUCGCAGCCGAAGCCGCUCGACCGUUCGAACCUUAGAUCGUGAUCGUGAUCGUGAUCGAGAUCGAGAUCGAGAUCAGGUUGCAGAGCGCCCGCGAUACCGCGAGAAAAGCUCAGAGAGAGAUCGGGAUCGCGAAAGGAAUCGUGAUCACGAGUAUCGUCGAGAUCGCAGUCGAGAAAGGGAGCGGGAUCGCAGAGACAGGGAUCGCGACAGGGACCGUGACAGGGACCGUGAGAGAGAAAGAGACCGGGAUCGAGCUCGUGAUCGCGACGAUUACCGCCGACGACACAGCUACUAUUCUCGAUCCCGCUCUCGUCCACGGUAUCGAUCUCGAUCCCGCUCACGGUCUUUACACAGAAAUCGGGAUCGCGAUCGGGAUCGAGAGCGUGAUCGAGAGCGCGAUAGGGAUCGCGAACGAGACCGUGACCGCGACCGGGACAAGGACAGGGAUACCAGAGAAAAGAGGGACGCCAGGGAUACGAGAGACGCCAGAGACACAAGAGACGCCCGGGACCUGUCCGUCUCCUCCCGCCGACGCUCGCGCUCCCGCGCCCGCCGCUCGCGCAGCCGUCGCCGCUCCCCCAGCACCCUCGACAUCGACCGCUAUGUGCCCCCGACCAGCAACCGCAGCCGGUCCCCACGGCGCCGCGUGAGAUCCCCCGAACGGUCGACCGAGAAGGAGCGUGAGCGCGACGACCGUCCGCGCUUCGUGGAGAUCGAUCGCUAUGUCCCGGGGGGUGGCGAUCGGGAGACGGACGACCGGCGGCCAUUGCAGCCUCCGCUGGCCCCUCCUCCUGCUUCUGCUUCUCUUCCUCCCCCGCAGGGUCCCAGGCGGCAGAGUUCCGGCCGCAAUCGGUGA